AUGGGUGAUAACUGCAACCGUUGGCAUCUCGUCAAGGCGGGUGAUACUUGCAGUACCAUUGCCUCGUCCGUGGGUGUUACCGUUUCUCAGCUUGCGACUUGGAAUAAGGGCAUCGGCGGCACCGCUUGUACUGGUAUGUGGGCAGGGUACUGUCUUUGCACCGGCGUUUCUGGUGGCUCAGGUACGACGCCGCCUCCGGCCAACACCACGCCUCAGCCUGUUCAAGACGGCAUGGUUUCCAACUGCAAGAAGUUCCAUUUCGUCCAGAGCGGUCAGAAUUGUGACUCCAUCUCGAAGCAGUAUGGAAUCACCGUUGCCAACUUUAUCAAGUGGAACCCCGCUGCUGGGGCUAGUUGCACCGGUCUAUGGGCUAAUACCUAUGCUUGUGUGGGCCUUUGA